CGGCGGGGAGAUCCUCUGCCUCCUGUCACUCUCUCUCACAGCCCGGUGAGAGCAGAGGACUCAUGCUGUCCUCCAGCACUCCCACACACACUAACGCCAGGAGUGAAGGAGUGUGAGAGAGGACGAGGGGAAGAGGGGAGGUGCCACGACGGGGAAGGAGACGGACGUAACCAUCCAAAAUCCUGCCGGGAGAAAUAAGGAUUUUUCUCUUUCUCUUUUUUUUUUUUUGUUUUUCUCCUGAGGAGCUGAGAAUAACGCUCGGUGGAAGAUGGCAGAAGGGGGAGAGGGAGAAGAGGAGAUCCAGUUCCUGCGAACGGAUGACCAGGUGGUCCUGCAGUGCACCGCCUCCGUUCUGAAGGAGCAGCAGAUCAAACUCUGCCUGUCCUGCGAGGGCUUCGGGAACCGUCUCUGCUUUCUGGAAACCACGUCUAACGCUCAGAAUGUGCCCCCAGACCUGGCUAUAUGCAGCUUCAUCCUGGAGCAGUCGCUCUCGGUCCGAGCUCUGGUGGAGAUGCUGGCCAACACGGUGGAGAUGACCGAGUCGUCGCAGGGUGGAGGCCAUCGCACCUUACUGUACGGUCACGCCAUCCUUCUGAGGCACCACCACUCAGGCAUGUAUCUGAGCUGCUUGACAACGUCUCGAUCCCUCACUGACAAGCUGGCCUUCGACGUGGGCUUGCAGGAAGACUCUAUUGGUGAGGCGUGCUGGUGGACGAUUCACCCAGCCUCCAAACAGCGGUCAGAAGGUGAGAAGGUGCGGGUGGGCGACGACCUGAUCCUGGUCAGCGUGUCGUCUGAGAGAUACCUGCAUCUGUCCUACGCCAGCGGCGAUCUGAUGGUGGACGCCUCCUUCAUGCAAACCCUGUGGAACAUGAACCCCAUCAGCUCAGGAUGUGAAUUAGCUGAGGGAUAUCUGACGGGGGGUCACGUUCUCAGGCUGUUCCACGGCCACAUGGACGAGUGUCUGGCCAUCCCGACGCCGGAGGAAGGAGAGGAGAAGCGCAGGACGGCUCACUACGAAGGCGGCGCCGUGUGCAGUCAGGCCCGCUCCCUGUGGAGGCUGGAGCCCCUCAGAAUCAGUUGGAGCGGCAGCCACAUGAAGUGGGGACAGUCUUUCCGCAUUCGCCACAUCACCACGGGUCGGUACCUUUGUAUGGAUGACGACAAGGUCCUGAUGGUGGUGGACCCGGAGAAAGCAAAUACCAAAAUGUCUGCGUUCUGCUUCCGCGCCUCAAAGGAGAAGGUGGAUGUGGCUCAGAAACGGGACGUGGAGGGAAUGGGGAUUCCUGAGAUAAAGUACGGAGAGUCCAUGUGCUUCGUCCAGCAUGUGUCCACAGGUCUGUGGCUCACGUACGCAGCCCUGGAUGCUAAGGCUGCUCGUUUAGGAACCAUGAAAAGAAGGGUCAUUCUGCAUCAGGAGGGCCACAUGGACGACGCCCUGACCGUGUCCCGCUCCCAGACCGAGGAGUCCCAGGCUGCCCGGAUGAUUUACAGCACCACAGGGCUCUUCAGGCAGUUCAUCAAAGGACUGGACUCUCUGAGUGGGAAGAACAAGUCUGCGGGCCCCGUGUCGCUUCCCCUGGAGGGAGUCAUCCUCUCGCUCCAAGAUCUCAUCUUCUACUUCCGUCCGCCGGAGGAGGAGCUGGAGCACGAGGAGAAGCAGACCAAGCUCCGCUCCCUCCGCAACCGGCAGAACCUCUUCCAGGAGGAGGGAAUGAUCACCCUCGUGUUGGAGUGCAUCGACCGCCUGAACGUCUACAACACGGCGGCCCACUUCUCUGAAUUUGCCGGCGAGGAGGCGGCCGAGUCCUGGAAGGAGAUCGUUAACCUGCUCUACGAGCUGCUGGCUUCUCUCAUCAGGGGGAACCGCUCCAACUGCGCCUUGUUUUGUGACAACCUGGACUGGCUGGUCAGCAAGCUGGACCGGCUGGAGGCCUCCUCAGGGAUCCUGGAGGUGCUGUACUGUGUCCUGAUUGAAAGCCCGGAGGUUCUGAACAUCAUUCAGGAGAACCACAUCAAAUCCAUCAUUUCUCUGCUCGACAAGCAUGGACGGAACCACAAGGUUCUGGAUGUCCUGCGCUCUCUCUGCGUGUGUAACGGCGUCGCUGUCAGGUCCAACCAGAACCUCAUCACAGAGAACCUGCUGCCAGGUCGAGACCUCCUGCUUCAAACCAACAUCAUCAACUAUGUGACCAGUGUGAGGCCGAACAUCUUCCUGGGUACCUGCGAGGGCUCCACGCAGUACAAGAAGUGGUACUACGAGAUGAUGGUGGACUACGUGGAGUCCUUUGUGACCGCGCAGGCUACGCACCUGCGGGUGGGCUGGGCCAUGACCGAGGGCUACAGCCCGUACCCCGGAGGAGGCGAAGGCUGGGGGGGAAACGGCGUGGGAGACGACCUCUACUCCUACGGCUUCGAUGGGCUGCAUCUGUGGUCAGGUACCGUGGCCCGUCAGGUGGCUUCGCCCAGCGCUCACACGCUGGCGGCGGACGACGUCGUCAGCUGCUGCCUGGAUCUGAGCGUGCCCAGUAUCUCCUUCCGCAUCAACGGCCAUCCGGUCCAGGGCAUGUUUGAGAACUUCAACGUGGACGGCCUCUUCUUCCCGGUCAUCAGCUUCUCUGCCGGAGUCAAAGUCCGCUUCCUCCUGGGUGGACGUCACGGAGACUUUAAGUUCAUGCCCCCGCCCGGCUACGCGCCGUGUUACGAGGCCCUGCUGCCCAGAGAGAGGAUGCGCAUCGAGCGCAUCAAGGAGUACAAGCACGACUUCAACGGCGUGCGCAACCUUCUGGGCCCCACCCAGUCCCUCACCCACACCUCCUUCACCCCCUGCCCCGUGGACACAGUCCAGAUCGUGCUGCCGCCUCACCUGGAGCGGAUCAGAGAGAGGCUGGCGGAGAACAUCCACGAGCUCUGGGCGGUGACCCGCAUCGAGCAGGGCUGGACCUACGGGACCUUCAGGGACGACAACAAGAAGCUCCAUCCUUGUUUGGUGGACUUCCAGAGUCUCCCUGAACCAGAGAGGAACUACAACCUGCAGAUGUCAGGGGAGACUCUCAAGACCCUGCUGGCCUUGGGUUGCCAUGUCGGUAUGGGGGACGAGAAAGCCGAGGAAAACCUCAAGAAGAUCAAACUCCCCAAGACCUACGUGAUGAGCAACGGCUACAAGCCCGCACCCCUCGACCUCAACCACGUCAAGCUGACGCCCAACCAGAACCAGCUUGUGGAGAAGCUGGCAGAGAAUGGGCAUAACGUUUGGGCGAGGGACCGCGUGUGCCAAGGAUGGACCUACAGCAACGUGCAGGAUAUUAUGAACAAGCGAAACCCUCGUUUGGUGCCGUACAACCUGCUGGACGAGAGGACUAAGAAAACCAACCGAGACAGCGUCAACAACGCCGUCCGCACCCUCAUCGGCUACGGUUACAACAUCGAGCCUCCGGAUCAGGAGAGCACCGGCCACGGCCUGGAGAACUCCCGCGGGGACAAGGUGCGGAUCUUCAGGGCGGAGAAGUCCUACGCCGUCACCCAGGGGAAGUGGUACUUUGAAUUCGAGGCGGUGACCACCGGGGAGAUGAGGGUGGGCUGGGCGCGGCCCUGCGUCCGCUCCGACACCGAGCUGGGAGCGGACGAACUGGCGUACGUCUUCAAUGGCAAUAAGGCCCAGCGAUGGCACGUUGGUAACGAGCCGUUCGGCCGGCAGUGGCAGUCCGGCGACGUCGUCGGCUGCAUGAUUGACCUGAGUGAGAUGAACAUCAUGUUCACGCUCAACGGAGAAAUGCUGAUCAGCGACUCGGGUUCGGAGAUGGCUUUCAAAGACAUAGAAAUUGGAGAAGGUUUCAUCCCGGUGUGCGCCCUGGGCCUGUCUCAGGUCGGGAGGAUCAAUCUGGGUCAGAACGUCAGCAGCCUGCGGUAUUUUGCCAUCUGCGGCCUGCAGGAAGGAUUUGAGCCCUUUGCCAUCAACAUGAAGCGAGACAUCACCAUGUGGUUCAGUAAGAGUCUGCCGCAGUUCGUCCCCGUUCCCACCGACCACAACCACAUCGAGGUCUCCCGCGUGGACGGCACCGUGGACAGCGCCCCCUGCCUGAAGCUCACCCACAGGACCUUCGGGUCGCAGAACGCCAACACGGACAUGAUGUUCCUGCGCCUCAGCAUGCCCGUGCAGUUCCACGAGACGUUCAAGGUCCAGGCCGGCACCACGCCCCUCACCCGGGCCCUCACCAUACCCGAGGAGGAGGUGGUGGUGGUGGAGCCCGACUCCGAGUUCGAGGUGUUGAAGAAGUCCGCCAGCCGCAAGGAGCAGGAGGACGAGAAGAAGGAGACGUCCGUGCCGAAGGAGAUCUCCGUGGAGAACGAGAAAGACACAAUGUCGGAGAAGGGGAAGAAAAAAGGAUUUUUCUUCAAAGCCAAGAAAGCUGCCAUGACGCCUCUCGCCCCUCCUCCUGCGCCUCCGACCGUCCCGCGCUUAGUGGAGGACGUCGUCCCCGACGACAGAGACGACCCCGAAAUCAUCCUCAGCACCACCACUUAUUACUACUCUGUGAGGAUCUUCGCCGGCCAGGAGCCGUCCUGUGUGUGGAUCGGCUGGGUCACCCCCGACUACCACCAGUACGACCCGAAUUUUGACCUCUCCAAGGUGCGCAACGUCACGGUGACGGUGGGAGAUGAUAAAGGCAACAUUCACGACAGCAUGAAGCACAGUAACUGCUACAUGGUCUGGGGAGGAGACCUGGUCAGCAACCAGCAGACUCGCUUCAGCCAGGAGGACAUGGUGAUUGGCUGCCUGGUGGACCUGGCCACGGGCCUCAUGACCUUCACGGCCAACGGGAAGGAGAUCAACGCCUUCUACCAGGUGGAGCCGAACACCAAACUGUUCCCUGCGGUCUUCAUCCAACCCACCAAUCAGAACAUGGCUCAGCUGGAGCUCGGAAAACUCAAGAACAUCAUGCCAAUCUCAGCGGCGAUGUUUCGCAGCGAACGGAUGAAUCCCGUCCCCCAGUGCCCCCCCAGGCUGGACGUCCAGAUGCUGACUCCAGUCAUCUGGAGCCGAAUGCCCAACAACUUCCUAAAGCCCGAGGUGGGCAAACUGAGCGAGCGCCUGGGUUGGAUGGUGGAGUGUGUGGAACCUCUCAUCAUGAUGGCCCUGCACAUCCCCGAGGAGAACAGGUGCAUUGACAUCCUGGAGCUGUCGGAGCGCCUGGAUCUCAUGAAGUUCCACUACCACACGCUCAUGCUGUACUGUGCCGUGUGCGCGCUCGGCAACAACCGGGUGGCUCACGCCUUGUGCAGCCACGUGGACGAGUCCCAGCUCUUCUACGCCACCGAGAACACCUACCUGCCGGGGCCCCUGCGCAGCGGCUACUACGACCUGCUGAUCAGCAUUCACCUGGAGUCGGCCAAGCGCGCUCGUCUGGGCACCAACAAGGAGUUCAUCAUCCCCAUGACCGCCGAGACGCUCAGCAUCAAACUCUACCCGGACGUGAAGAAGGCCCAUUCUCUGCCGGGCGUCGGCCUCACCACCUGCUUACGGCCAAAGCUGCACUUCUCAUCCGUCAACUUUGUCGGCACGAACCCCGACAUAUACACCCUGAGUCCUGUUUUCCCUCUACAGGAGUUGAAAACCAGGGCCAUCAACAUGCUGACGGAAGCUGUGCUGGACGGCAGCCAGGCGAUGCGCGAUCCGGUAGGCGGCAGCGUGGAGUUCCACUUCGUCCCCAUCCUGAAGCUCAUCAGCACGCUGCUCAUCAUGGGCAUCUUCAACGACGAAGACAGCAAGCACAUACUCAAGAUGAUCGACCCCAACGUUUUCAGCGGCAAAGAGGAGGAGGAGGAGGAGGAGGAAGGAGAAAAGACUGAGGAGGGGGAGGCUGUCGAAGGCGAGAGCGAGGAGCAGAAGGACGAGGAGGCGGACGAGGAAGCGGAUGCAGAGCUUGAAGACGAAGGGGUCGGCGACGAGGAAGAGGAGGAGUUGAAAGAGCUCGAGAAAGCAGAGCAGGAGGGCGAGGAAGCAGAGCCUAAGGGAGAAGGUGAGGAGGGCGAACACAAAGAGGAGGAAGAGGCCAAAGGAGAUAAAGUCGAUGGAGAGAAAGCAGAGGAAGAAAAGGAGGAAGAGGCAGUGGAAGCAGAAGCCAAGGAGGAGGAGGAGGGUCCAGAGGAAGGACUGCUUCAGAUGAAGCUGCCGGAGUCCGUCAAGCUGCAGAUGUGCACCCUCCUGCAGUACUUCUGCGACUGCGAGCUCCGCCACCGGGUGGAAACCAUCGUGGCUUACUCAGACAACUUUGUCCAGGACGUCCAGAAGAAUCAACGCGUGCGCUACAACCUGCUGAUGAGAGCCUUCACCAUGACGGCCGCGGAGACCGCCCGCAGGACCCGCGAGUUCCGCUCACCGCCACAGGACCAGGUUAUUUUGCUGACCAACUUCAAACAUGGUCCAGAGGAUGAAGAGUGUCCCGUUCCCGAGGAGGUGCGAGACACGCUGGCAAAUUUCCACAACGACAUCCUGCUUCAUUGCGGUAUACACAUCGAGCACGAAGCAGAGGAGGAGGAGGUGGACACCUCCCUCAGGGGUCGGCUUCUCAGUCUGGUGGAAAAGGUUAAGACCUUCCGCAAAAAGGAUGAAGAGGAAAAGCCAGAAGUGGAGGAGGAAACAAAACCGAGUACCCUUCAAGAGCUUAUUUCCCACACCAUGAUCCAUUGGGCCCAGGAGUCUUUCAUCCAAAACCCGGAGCUGGUGCGCUUGAUGUUCAGCCUGCUCCACAGACAGUACGACGGGCUGGGCGAGCUGAUCAGAGCGCUGCCCAAAGCCUACGCCAUCAACGCCGUGUCCGUCCAGGACACCAUGGACCUGCUGGAGUGUUUGGGGCAGAUCCGAUCGCUGCUCAUCGUCCAGAUGGGCCCUGAAGAGGAGAGACUCAUGAUCCAGAGCAUCGGGAAUAUCAUGAACAACAAGGUUUUCUAUCAGCACCCUAACCUGAUGAGAGCUCUUGGGAUGCAUGAGACGGUCAUGGAGGUGAUGGUCAAUGUCUUAGGUGGCGGAGGGGACUCUAAGGAGAUUCGCUUCCCUCAAAUGGUGACCAACUGCUGUCGUUUCCUGUGUUACUUCUGUCGCAUCAGCCGGCAGAACCAGCGCUCCAUGUUCGACCACCUGAAUUACCUGCUGCAGAACAGUGGCAUAGGCUUGGGCAUGAGUGGGUCCACGCCUCUGGAUGUGGCCGCCGCCUCCUGCAUCGACAACAACGAGCUGGCCUUGGCUCUACAGGAGCAGGACCUUGAAAUGGUGGUGACGUAUCUGGCUGGCUGCGGACUGCAGAGCUGCCCCAUGCUGCUGUCUAAGGGCUACCCGGACAUCGGCUGGAACCCGUGUGGAGGAGAGAGAUAUCUGGAUUUCCUGCGCUUUGCUGUUUUUGUCAACGGAGAGAGCGUGGAGGAGAACGCCAACGUCGUGGUGCGCUUGCUGAUCCGUCGACCCGAAUGCUUUGGCCCGGCCCUGAGGGGCGAGGGUGGCAACGGUCUGCUGGCUGCCAUGGAGGAGGCCAUUAAGAUCUCAGAGGAUCCGGCGAGGGAUGGACCCACAGUGAAAAAGGACAGACGGUUCAUGUUUGGAGGCGAGGGGCAGCAGGAGGAGAACCGCGUGCACCUGGGAAACGCCAUCAUGUCCUUCUACUCCGCGCUAAUCGAUCUGCUGGGUCGCUGUGCUCCUGAGAUGCACCUAAUCCAAGCAGGCAAAGGUGAAGCUCUGAGAAUCCGAGCCAUCCUCAGAUCUCUGGUGCCCAUAGAAGACCUGGUGGGGGUAAUAAGCUUGCCGGUACAGAUACCUGCCUAUGGUAAAGAUGGUCAGAUCAUCGAGCCAAAGAUGUCUGCCAGUUUCGUGCCGGACCACAAGGCCUCCAUGGUGCUGUUCCUCGACAGAGUCUACGGCAUCGACAAUCAGGACUUCCUGCUUCACGUGCUGGAGGUCGGCUUCCUGCCUGACAUGAGAGCCGGCGCUUCUCUGGACACCGUGGCCUUCAGCACCACAGAAAUGGCGCUGGCUCUGAACCGCUACCUCUGCUCCGCUGUUCUGCCUCUGCUCACCAAGUGUGCGCCGCUGUUCGCCGGCACCGACCACCGAGCCAUCAUGAUCGACUCCAUGCUCCACACCAUUUACCGCCUGUCCCGCGGCCGAGCCCUGACCAAGGCUCAAAGGGACGUCAUCGAGGAGUGCCUGAUGUCGCUCUGCAAGUACCUCAAACCCUCCAUGCUGCAGCAUCUGCUCAGACGGCUGGUAUUCGAUGUUCCCAUCCUGAAUGAAUAUGCAAAGAUGCCUCUGAAGCUGCUCACAAAUCACUACGAGCGCUGCUGGAAGUACUACUGCUUACCGAACGGCUGGGCGAACUUCGGCGUGGCCUCAGAGGAGGAGCUUCAUCUGUCCCGGAAGCUGUUUUGGGGAAUCUUCGAAUCGUUGGCACACAAGAAAUUUGACGCUGAGCUUUUUAAGAUCGCCAUGCCGUGCCUCUGCGGUAUAGCGGGAGCAAUCCCGCCCGACUAUGUGGACGCCAGCUACUCCUCCAACACCGAGAAAAAGGCCUCAGUGGACGCCGAGGGCAACUUUGAUCCCAAACCAGUGGAGACCACCAACACCAUCAUACCAGAGAGGCUGGAUGCUUUCAUCAACAAGUAUGCAGAACACACUCAUGAUAAGUGGGCUUUUGAGAAGAUUCAGAACAACUGGACCUACGGAGAGGUGCUGGACGAGAACGCCAAGACUCACCCAAUGCUGCGGCCGUAUAAGACGUUCUCCGAGAAGGACAAGGAGAUCUACCGUUGGCCCAUCAAAGAAUCCAUCAAAGCCAUGAUUGCAUGGGAGUGGACCUUGGAAAAAGCCAGGGAUGGUGAGGGAGAGGUGGAGAAGAAGGCCUCCACACGCAAGAUCUCCCAGACCGCUCAGGCCACCUACGAUCCCAGUCAUGGCUACAACCCUCAGCCCAUAGACAUCUCAGGGAUGGCUUUGUCCAGGGAACUGCAGUCUAUGGCUGAGCAGCUGGCUGAGAACUACCACAACACCUGGGGCAGGAAGAAGAAACUAGAGCUACAGUCUAAAGGGGGCGGCACGCACCCUUUGCUUGUGCCUUACGACACCCUGACGGCCAAGGAGAAGGCCCGGGACAGGGAGAAAGCCCAGGAUCUGCUCAAGUUCCUGCAGCUCAACGGAUACGCCGUGACAAGGGGACUAAAGGACAUGGAGCAGGACAUUUCUUCCAUCGAGAAGCGUUUUGCCUACGGAUUCCUCCAGAAGCUUCUCAAAUGGAUGGACAUCGCUCAGGAAUUCAUCGCCCAUCUCGAGGCUGUGGUUAGCAGUGGGCGUGUGGAAAAGUCUCCACAUGAGCAGGAGAUCAAAUUUUUUGCCAAGAUUCUCCUGCCACUCGUCAAUCAGUACUUCAAGAACCACUGCCUGUAUUUCCUCUCUACGCCUGCCAAGGUUUUGGGCAGUGGAGGCCAUUCGUCCAACAAAGAGAAAGAGAUGAUUGCCAGUAUCUUCUGUAAGUUGGCUGCCUUGGUGAGGCACAGAGUAUCUCUCUUUGGAACGGAUGCACCUGCGGUGGUGAACUGUUUGCACAUUCUUUCGCGGUCCCUUGAUGCAAGGACUGUUAUGAAGUCAGGCCCUGAGAUUGUGAAGGCGAUCCUGCGCCAGUUCUUUGAGAGCGCUGCAGAUGACAUUGAAAAGAUGGUGGAGAAUCUGAAACUGGGGAAAGUGUCUAGUAAAACCCAGGUUAAAGGUGUGUCCCAGAACAUCAACUACACCACAAACGCCUUACUGCCUGUCCUCACUUCGCUGUUUGACCACAUUGCUCAACACCAGUUUGGAGAUGAUGUUAUUUUGGAUGACCUUCAAAUAUCCUGCUAUCGUUUGAUGUGCAGUAUAUACUCUUUGGGAACUGUUAAGACUCCUCAUGUAGAGAAACAGCGACCAGCUCUUGGAGAGUGUUUGGCACAUUUAGCAGCAGCUAUGCCGGUUGCCUUCCUGGAACCAGCACUAAAUGAAUUCAACACAUUCUCUGUUUACACAACCAAGACUCCAAGAGAGAGAACUAUUUUGGGACUGCCCAAUCAAGUCGAGGAGCUGUGCACAGACAUCCCGGAGCUGGACGUUCUAAUGAAAGAAAUCCACGACCUGUCUGAAUCAGGAGCUCGCUACACAGAGAUGCCGCAUGUGAUUGAGAUCACCCUGCCCAUGCUGUGUAAUUACCUUCCCCGUUGGUGGGAGAGGGGUCCAGAAAGCUUCCCAGAGCAGGAGGGCCAGCUCUGCACCGCCGUUACCUCUGAGCAGCUCAACCAGCUGUUGGGUAGCAUCAUGAAGAUCGUGGUUAACAACCUGGGCAUCGAUGAGGCCUCCUGGAUGAAGAGAUUGGCUGUUUUUGCCCAGCCCAUCGUCAGCAGGGCUAAACCAGAGAUGCUUAAAUCCCACUUCAUUCCCACCAUGGAAAAGCUGAAGAAGCGUGCAGGAAAGGUGGUGGCAGAGGAGGAGCACCUGCGCAUGGAGGGCAAAUCAGAGGUGGACAGUGAGAAUGGGACCAUUCGCGACGAGUUUGCUGUGCUGUGUCGAGACUUGUAUGCCCUUUACCCGUUGCUCAUCCGCUACGUGGACAAUAACAGGGCAAGGUGGCUGACCUGUCCAGACCCAGAUGCAGAAGAGCUUUUCAGGAUGGUGGGAGAGGUCUUCAUCUUCUGGUCCAAAUCACACAACUUUAAGAGGGAGGAGCAGAACUUUGUGGUGAUGAAUGAGAUCAACAACAUGUCCUUCCUCACUGCUGACAGUAAGAGUAAGAUGACUAAGGCCGGAGACGGAGAGUCCGGAGGCUCAGAGCAGGAACGUAGCAAGAAGAAGAAACGAGGAGAUCGCUACUCCGUGCAGACCUCCCUGAUCGUGGCGGCGUUGAAGAAGAUGCUCCCCAUCGGCCUCAAUAUGUGCUCUCCUGCUGACCAGGAGCUCAUCAAUCUCGCUAAGAUCAGAUACUCACUGAAAGACACAGAUGAAGAGGUGAGGGAAUUCUUGCAAAAUAAUCUACACAUGCAAGGCAAGGUGGAGGAUCCUGCGAUGCGCUGGCAGAUGGCUCUUUACAAGGAGAUGUCUGGAAAGGCCGAAGACGCUGAAGAUCCUGAGAAGGUGGUAAAAAGGGUACAAGAGGUGUCGGCUGUCCUUUAUCACAUCGAGGUGACUGAGCAUCCGUAUAAGUCGAAGAAAAUGGUUUGGCACAAGCUGCUGUCCAAACAGCGCCGCAGGGCAGUGGUUGCUUGUUUCAGGAUGACGCCUCUGUACAACAUCCCAACUCACAGAGCCAUCAACAUGUUCCUGAACGCCUACAAGCGCAACUGGUUAGAAACGGAGGGCUACUCAUUUGAAGACAAGAUGAUUGAUGAUCUCUCAAAAGCCUUGGAGGAAGAGGAGGAGGAGGAAGAAGAGACUGAGACGAAGCCGGAUCCUCUUCACCAGCUGAUUUUGCACUUCAGUCGCACGGCUCUUACAGAAAAAACGAAACUUGAAGUUGACCAUCUUUACAUGUCUUAUGCUGAUAUUAUGGCAAAGAGCUGCCACAUUGGUGAGGAGGACGAAGGGGGAGAACAGGAGGGGGAGGAGCCAGCCUUUGAGGUGCGGCAGACAGAGAUGGAAAAGGAGAUGGAGAAACAGCGGCUCCUGUACCAGCAGUCCCGUCUGCACAACCGCGGUGCCGCAGAGAUGGUCCUGCAAAUGAUCAGCGCCUGUAAAGGUGAACCUGGAGCCAUGGUUUCUUCCACACUAAAACUAGGAAUCUCUAUCCUCAACGGAGGAAACAGUGACGUUCAGCAGAAAAUGCUGGACUACCUGAAGGACAAAAAGGAUGUGGGAUUUUUCCUCAGCGUUCAGGCUCUGAUGCAGACCUGCAGCGUUUUGGACUUGAAUGCAUUUGAGAGACAGAACAAGGCGGAGGGUCUUGGGAUGGUUUCAGAGGAGGGUUCAAAUAAGAAGCUAGAACGUGAUGAGAAAGUGAUGGCUGACGAUGAAUUUACGUGCGACCUCUUCCGCUUCCUGCAGCUUCUGUGUGAAGGUCACAACAAUGAUUUUCAGAACUACCUGAGAACUCAGACAGGCAGCACCACGACCAUCAACGUCAUCAUCUGCACUGUGGACUACCUGCUUCGACUACAGGAGUCCAUUAGUGACUUUUAUUGGUACUACUCAGGGAAAGACAUCAUCGAUGAGCCUGGUAAGAGGAAUUUCUCCAAAGCCAUGACUGUGGCCAAGCAAGUCUUCAACAGCUUGACUGAGUACAUCCAGGGUCCCUGCACUGGUAACCAGCAGUCCCUGGCCCACAGCAGGUUGUGGGACGCCGUCGUGGGUUUCCUCCACGUUUUUGCUCAUAUGAUGAUGAAACUGGCACAGGAUUCAAGCCAGAUCGGACUUUUGAAAGAGCUGUUGGAUCUGCAGAAGGACAUGGUGGUCAUGCUUCUGUCUCUACUCGAAGGCAACGUCGUGAAUGGCACCAUUGCGCGGCAAAUGGUCGACAUGUUGGUGGAGUCCUCAAGCAACGUGGAGAUGAUCCUCAAGUUCUUCGACAUGUUCCUCAAGCUGAAAGACAUCGUGGCGUCCGACGCCUUCCGAGACUACGUGACGGAUCCGCGUGGACUUAUCUCCAAGAAGGACUUCUCCAAGGCCAUGGACAGUCAGAAGCAGUACUCCCCGUCAGAAAUCCAGUUCCUGCUCUCCUGCUCCGAGGCCGACGAAAACGAAAUGAUCAACUUCGAGGAGUUUGCGGAUCGCUUCCAGGAGCCGGCGAAGGACAUCGGUUUUAACAUCGCCGUUCUGCUGACCAACCUGUCUGAGCACGUGCCGCACGACACCCGCCUCCAGAACUUCCUGGAGCAGGCGGAGAGCGUGCUCAACUACUUCCGGCCUUUCCUCGGCCGCAUCGAGAUCAUGGGGGCCAGCCGGAGGAUCGAGCGCAUCUACUUCGAGAUCAGCGAGGCCAACCGCAACCAGUGGGAGAUGCCGCAGGUCCGGGAGUCCAAGCGGCAGUUCAUCUUCGACGUGGUCAACGAGGGCGGCGAGAGCGAGAAGAUGGAGCUGUUUGUCAACUUUUGCGAGGACACCAUCUUUGAGAUGAACAUCGCGGCGUCCAUCUCCGAGCCCGAGGGAGACGGGGAGGAAGAGGAAGACGACGAGGAGGAAGAGGAGGGAGGAGGAGAGGAGGCGGAGUCUGCGGAGGGCGAGGAGGCCAACGGAGAGGACUCGGUUCCAGAGUCGGCGUCGGCCUUCGCAGAAUUCCUGAAGGGUGUGAUGAACUUCUUCAACAUGUUCACCUUCCGUAACCUGCGGCGUCGCUACCGAAGGCUCCGAAGAAUGACGCUGAAGGAGAUGGUGAUCGGCGUGGUGACGUUCGUCUACACCGUUCUGAUGGGAAUCCUCAUAUUCGUCUACAACAUAUGCAAGGGCUUCUUCACGCUCAUAUGGAAGGCUCUGUUCGGCGGGGGCUUGGUGGAGGGAGCCAAGAAGAUCACGGUCACAGAGAUCCUAGCCAGCAUGCCCGAUCCGACGCAGGACGAAGUGCAUGGAGAUGAGCCGCCUGAGCCGGGAGCCAGAGAGGUCCAAGAAGCGGACGGAGGGGCGGACCACUUGGAUACGGUUGGAGGAGAAGAAGAAGAGGAGGAUGGCGAAGAAGGGGAAGGUGGACGUCUGCCUGGUUUUAACACACCCGGAGGUCUAGGAGACUUUGGAGAUACGACGCCAGAAGAGCCUCCAACUCCAGAGGGCACUCCGCUGCUGAAGAGGAAGCUGCUGGCUGCAGUGGGAGGACAAGGAGAGGAGGAGAAGGUCAAACCUGAAGAGGAGGCUCCUCCAGAGACGGAAAAGGCUGACACUGAGAAUGGGGAGAAGGCAGAGAAACCAGAACCUGAACCUGAGGUGAAGGAGGAGGAGCCUGAGGAGGUCCAGGAGAAAACGGUGAAGACAAAAACCAAGAAGGACAAGAAACCUACAGAGCAGGGCUUUGAGUUGUGGAAUGAGCUGGAGGUGCAGAGGAUUAAAUUCAUGAACUACCUUUCUCGUAACUUCUACAACCUCCGGUUCUUGGCUCUGUUCAUCGCAUUCGCUCUAAAUUUCAUCCUGCUCUUCUACAAGGUGUCCGACUCUCCUCCAGGUGAGGAGGAGUUUGAGGGGUCUGCUCUGUUUGAGGCCUCCGGCCUGUUCGAAGGCUCCGGCGCCGAGGAAGACGGGUCCGGAUUGGAGGAAGGUGGCGAAGAUGAAGACGAAGAGGGUCCCCUGUACUACUUCUUGGAAGAGAGCACUGGUUACAUGGAGCCAGCCCUGUCUUUCCUCUCCAUCACCCACACCAUCAUCUCCUUCCUCUGCAUCAUCGGCUACAACUGCCUGAAGGUUCCUCUGGUUAUCUUUAAACGAGAGAAGGAGCUGGCCCGAAAGCUGGAGUUUGAUGGUCUUUAUGUCACUGAGCAGCCUGAAGACGACGACAUCAAGGGCCAGUGGGACAGACUGGUGCUGAACACGCCAACUUUCCCAAACAACUACUGGGACAAGUUUGUGAAGAGAAAGGUUCUGGAUAAAUACGGCGACAUCUACGGCAGAGAGAGAAUCGCCGAGCUGCUCGGCAUGGACCUGGCAUCUUUAGACGUCAGCGCCAUGACCCACGACAAGAAGCAUGAACCCGACACCUCCAUGUUCAGCUGGAUAACAUCUAUCGACAUCAAAUACCAGAUCUGGAAGUUUGGGGUCGUCUUCACUGACAACACCUUCCUCUACCUGGUCUGGUACAUGCUGAUGUCUAUGCUCGGACACUACAACAACUUCUUCUUUGCCUGCCAUCUUCUGGACAUCGCCAUGGGCGUGAAAACGCUGCGGACCAUCCUGUCCUCUGUUACGCACAACGGCAAACAGCUGAUGAUGACCGUGGGCCUGCUGGCCGUCGUGGUGUACCUCUACACCGUGGUGGCCUUCAACUUUUUCCGCAAGUUCUACAACAAGAGCGAGGACGAGGACGAGCCUGACAUGAAGUGCGACGACAUGAUGACCUGUUACCUGUUCCACAUGUACGUGGGCGUGCGCGCCGGCGGAGGCAUUGGAGAUGAAAUCGAGGAUCCGGCCGGGGAUGAAUACGAGCUCUACCGCGUUGUCUUUGACAUCACAUUCUUCUUCUUUGUCAUCGUCAUCCUGCUGGCUAUCAUCCAGGGUCUGAUCAUCGAUGCCUUCGGUGAGCUCAGAGACCAGCAGGAGCAGGUCAGGGAGGACAUGGAGACCAAGUGCUUCAUCUGUGGCAUAGGGAGCGACUACUUCGACACGACGCCGCAUGGCUUUGAGACGCACACCUUAGAGGAGCACAAUUUAGCCAACUACAUGUUCUUCUUGAUGUAUCUCAUCAACAAGGAUGAAACCGAACACACAGGACAGGAGUCGUAUGUGUGGAAGAUGUACCAGGAGCGAUGCUGGGACUUCUUCCCUGCUGGAGACUGCUUCAGAAAGCAGUAUGAGGACCAGCUCGGAUAAAGCCCCCCCCCCACCCCCACCCCCCCGCGUAUUUAUUGCCGCUUCCUGAAGAGAAAUGGGCGAAGAGAGAGGAGCGAGACCCAGAGCAAAGAACGAUCCUGAAAUUUAGAGCUGGAACACAUUCGUGUCUUAGUUUUGUCAUUUGUCUUUAACAUUUUUCUCGUCUGUUAAAAGCUAUGCACCGUUUGACUGCACUUUUCACCCCCCCCCCUGCCCCGCCCCGCCCCGCCCCGCCCCGCCCCGCAGCAGAACGUUAAAAAAGGUGAUCCUGGAGGCGUAGGGAAGCCACGAGCCUUUUGAUUCUGCUGUAAACACACGGCCUUUGCUGUGUGAACGAUACAUAGAUUGCCUUGUAUAUCAGCCGCGCCAGAACACAUGGGGCUCUUUUAGCCGCUACUGCUGGACAACAUUCUAGUGCCUAUAGCAACGUCACUGCUUUUAGCUGUCAGUUCAGAUCUUUAGUUUGAAUUAUUUCUGGUUUAACGUGUCCGCAUCUGUAAACUAGGAGGGCUUCUGCCCCCCCUUCCCCCCCCGUCCUGUGGGAAAACGUGAAACAGUCACAAAAUGUGAGGAGUCGGUGUGGACUCACAGACAUCCAGCACAGGGCGACCCUGACUGCUGAUUGGAAGACAACUGGACCUCCUUUCCUUGUUUUCUUGAAGAAGUUUGACCCCCACCUCCCCCAUCCAGAAGGCUUCUUCGGUUCUGAUCGUGUACUGGGAGAUUCAGGCUUUUAGAUCGUUGUCAGGACAAUCACACCCACCUCACCCUGUGAGCCAUUUGGGUCGUUGUCAGAUUCAGAUUAUCUAUUAAAACCAGAGGUUUGUGUUUGGAGCAUGUUUUGUGAAGCCACUUCUUCUUUUUUUUUUUUUUUUUUAUCAUUGAAGUCCGCUUUGAUGCACUUGAACCCCUUAGUUUGCCGUUAGUAGCCAUAAAAAUGGUGACAAAGCCACAUAAAAUGGCAUUCACAGGUCAGGAGGCAACCGUUACUCAACAACCUUCUGGUCUCCCGUCUAAUUAGGAAGGUUCUGCAUGUUAAAUGUGACGUAAUGCUUCCUCCUGUGACAACCUCACCGAUCAUCUUUUGUGCCUCGUGCCGACACGAAAAAUGCCAGAUUUGUCUCAGUCGGGACGAGGUGACGGAUUCUAAGGCUGUUUUGAGACAAAAGCCUCACGCUCAGAAACACUCGGACUUACUCGCCAAAACCGUAAAUAAUAAAGUGUAACUCAAGUAAUGUGGGAGAUAAGCGUGUGUGAAUCAACCGUUUGGACACUCUGCAGUCUUACAAGCGCGUCCCUGGAUGUGUGUGGACUCCCGUCUCCGCUGGCGUCUCUCUGCUGUAAUGGACAGUGAGACAAACACACAUCCUAGAGGGACGCCGAGGUAAUUUACUCUGCGUUACGCAGAUCAAGCUGCCUGGGAUGAGACUUUAUGCACAAAGUCGCUGCACUGAAAUAAGUGUUGAAUGUAUCUAAAAAGACAUAUUUUACUUACACCGUGGGUUCUGAUAGUUUAUUUUUAUUUUAAGGCUGUGAGGUAUGGAGAUAAUUUUCAGACACUAUCAUGUCUCAGAUCGAGGAUGGUGAAGAGAAUUAGUCUUACGAUGAAGGAACCCUCCAGUUUGGAGUUAGAAACCGAAUGUUUGCUUUCGUUUCAGGUCGGUAGGUUUUUACCAUAGAUAUUUUUAGAGAAAUUCAGCAUACGGAUAAUUUUUUCUCAAAGUUGUGUGCGAUGCGUUGAUUUCUGACACAUUCACAAACUCUCCAUCUCGUAUUAAUGACCAGUGGGAGGCAGAGUGGUGUUCUGGUCGCUGAUGGCUCUGAGGUGGACCUGGUGAGGAGGAACGGAGGUCACGACUUUCCACUUGUCCUCUGACUAAACCACGUGUGUCAGUGUUGGAAUAAACAGAUUAUUUUAAGGACAA